CUCUCCCCGGCUCCCACACUUGCGCUACGGGUCUCUCUCCCGCGCCCAGCCCAGGCUGUGCUUCCCUGGCCAGGCACAGCACGGCGGGCCGGCCGCCAGGAUGCAGGCCCCGCACAAGGAGCACCUGUACAAACUGCUGGUGAUCGGCGACCUCGGCGUGGGCAAGACCAGCAUCAUCAAGCGCUACGUGCACCAGAACUUUUCCUCGCAUUACCGAGCCACCAUAGGCGUGGACUUCGCGCUUAAAGUGCUUCACUGGGACCCGGAGACAGUAGUGCGCCUGCAGCUCUGGGACAUCGCAGGUCAAGAGAGAUUUGGAAAUAUGACAAGAGUCUACUACCGAGAAGCUAUGGGUGCGUUUAUUGUCUUUGAUGUCACCAGACCAGCCACAUUUGAAGCAGUUGCAAAGUGGAAAAAUGAUUUGGACUCAAAGUUAACUCUCCCUAAUGGCAAACCAGUUUCUGUGGUUUUAUUGGCCAACAAAUGUGACCAGGGGAAGGAUGUGCUCAUGAACAAUGGCCUCAAGAUGGACCAGUUCUGCAAGGAGCACGGUUUCGUAGGAUGGUUUGAAACAUCAGCAAAGGAAAAUAUAAACAUCGACGAAGCCUCCAGGUGCCUGGUGAAGCACAUACUUGCCAAUGAGUGUGAUCUAAUGGAGUCCAUAGAGCCGGACCUGGUGAAGCCCCAUCUCACCUCACCCAAGGCUGUCAGCUGCUCCAGCUGUGCCAAGUCCUAGUAGGCUCCUCCGCUGGCCUGUGAUGAAGAUAACCCCAUGAUCCCAUGAAUUGAGCCUUAAUUUUUACCAUUUUGGGUAAAUGUCAGGAUAGGGAAACAUAUGUGGCAAGCCAAAGAUCUCUGCCUGUAUCUUUUCUAUAAAAGAGAAAUAAUAAAUAUUUGUUUUAUGUUUGUUCGCCACCAUCAGCACAGUGUUUACAAGCUUUUUAAAUAUUUAGUCUGUUACAAAAUUGUGUUGAGUAGCUGAGCAAAAUGUUGCAGGAUCAGAAUCAGCCCUGGUAUUUGCUCCUUUAAAUCAGCAAAGGCCUCAGGACUUAAAGAGAAGGGGAUAAGAGCAAACUAGCUGUCAAGUUAAGCAUUGGUGUUUGCUUGCCCUGGUGUGUCUUUGUUCAGACUUCAAUACAUUCUGUGAUGGUCUGACAGGCCUAUUAAAUAGAAAUGGUAUUUUCUCCAGAGAUGACCUCCAUUCUUGGCAGACCUGGGAGUUGUCUAUGAUUUAGCUCUUCAGAGUCAUGUACACAGGCUUCCUGUGCUUUUGUUGUCUGCAUUGUCAUUUGCCGUGCCCUGGAUGUUGGUUUAACUGAAAACUUUAUGAAAAGACCUGCACUCUCUAUGUGCCUUUCUGUUAGCUUUCUCUGAAUCUGUGGGACUCUUCUGUACAUGUAAUAUAUAUAUUAUAUAUAUAUUUUCAGAAGCAAAAAAUAAAACAUAAAAGAUGCUGUUUCCCUAUUU